AUGUACAUUGCUUCCCUUGUCCUUUUUUGCCUAAUUUUCCUAAUUGCUGCUUCGAAACACGCGUUCAAUGGAGCACUUUACUUGCGCGUGGUGCAACUCCUUGAAAGGGCUGAGCGCAGCGAGUCCGUCUUGGCGGUAGUAAUCACGGGGUCAGGGGGGUACUUCACAAGCGGUGCCGAUAUUAAGGAGCUCCAACGACAGUCGAUUUCGCCUGUACCGAUGAUUCAGCAGCCAUUCGGGGUUUUCGGGAGCGCAGUCUUGCGUUUUCCGAAGCUCCUCGUGGCCGCCGUCAACGGGCCAGCCGUUGGAGUCGGCGUAACGCUCCUUCCACACUGUGACUUAGUCUACGCCUACGGGGGGCCACCACGUACCACCUCGAACGCUUCCAGGGAGGGGGGUGUUGGGGGACGGCGGCGCUGCGGCAUUCCUGCGGCGAGGGAGGAGCGAGGUGUGGGGGUGAAGGAAAGCGCAACUCUUUGGACGCCCUUCUUUCGACUCGCCAUCGUGCCGGAGUUUUGCUCCAGCCUCACUUUUCCGGAGACUUUGGGGUUGGCUCGCGCUAACGACAUGCUCAUCAUGGGUCGUAAACUCAGCGCGCAAGAGGCCCUGUCGUGGGGAUUGGUUUCGACGGUGGUGACGGCCGACACGGAGAAGGAUUUCUUGAUGCAGGCGAGUGGGCCAGUGAAGCACAACGUGAGGCAGAAAGUGGUCGAGACCUGCUUCGCGACAGAGUCGGUGAGGACGUUCAAGCGAAUGGUGUGGCGCGACCGGCGGCCGACGAUGCUCAGGGUGUUCGCGGAGGAGUGCGGGGAGCUUGAUAAGCGCAUGCAAGCAGGACACCCAAAGGCGGCCCUGAAGCACCUGACGAAGGACCCGCCGGCCCGGAGAAGCAAGCUUUGACCUGUCACAGAAUAAACAACACGGAGAAUGAUUUCGAUAGGGUUUGGCGGGCUGAAGGGCAUUCUGGGCACGGUUCGGGGGAGGGAACUUUGGAACGAGCGGGAGGGUGCGGGUUUUGUGGUGCUUGUUUUUUGUUGUGGCGAGCGGCAGAAAUCGAUAGAUGGACUCGAAAAGAUAUUCCGGACUGUUGGGGAAGCGGGAGUCUAGCCAUCUCAUCCAUGGGUGUAGGGUGUUUGGUGAGAAGUAGAGGACUACCUGUUUUGUACAUACAGAUCGAAAUGUAGAUUAUGCGUUUGCUGUCGAUUGCCGUUCAACGAACGUGGCAGUACGCUGAUUACACAUCAUGGCACCCCGCAUCAUGUUCGGCGCAGCCAUAACGGUAUUGGUGUGUAGCUGCGUGCGGGUUGUACCUUGGAAUAGUUGCUCUUGAGGUAAUUGGAUCACACACACGGAUCGGUUGGCCGAAAACCUCAUAGAUUUGGGGGACUGACGCGUGGUGACAACACGAACACUCCCAUGUUGUCAUGGCACACGAGCAAAGCCGAAAUCGAAAUUCGAAACCUUUCUCUAGUAUCCCGCAUCUUAAAGUGUAUGCUGUCGCCCCGGCACCAAAGUACCCUGACCCGCAGGCAGAAGGUGAUACCAAUGAUUCAACUACGCCAAGC